CCCCCGUCCCGGAGGCGCUUCCAUAACCGGAGCCUGCGCUCUUGCGCACCACCGGCCGCACCAUGGAGGUUUUCAUCCCGUCGUUCCGCUAUGAGGAGAGCGAGUUGGAGAGGGGCUAUACGGUCUUUAAGAUAGAGGUACUAAUGAAUGGAAGAAAGCACUUUGUUGAAAAGCGGUAUAGUGAAUUUCAUGCUCUUCAUAAAAAGCUUAAGAAAUGCAUAAGAACACCAGAAAUCCCUUCGAAGCAUGUAAGGAACUGGGUGCCCAAAGUUCUGGAACAGCGUCGGCAAGGCUUGGAAGCUUAUUUGCAGAGUAUUAUUUUAGAAAAUGAAGAGCUUCCCAAAAUUUUCCUUGACUUCCUCAGCAUCCGUCAUUUUCCUUCUCUCCCAAAAGCAGAAAGCUGUGGCUCUUUUGAAGAAAUAGAAUCUGAAGAAUCAAGCAAACUGUCCCACCAGCCUGUGCUGUUGUUCCUAAGGGAUCCAUAUGUCUUGCCUGCAGCCAAUGAUGACUUUCCAAACGUAGUUAUUGAAGGUGUUCUCCGCGGAUUGUUUUAUCCUCAUCUACAGCCCAGGUAGAAAAUGGGUUUGGAUGGAUAGUAACUGAAAUAAACUCGUCCUCUUCCUGGAACUACACAUUUUUAGUAAAACUCGUAAGACAACAGAAUGUGGUCACAGUGGAGAUGAUAUUCAAUGAUGGAACAUUUCCCCUUUUAAAAUUAAUUUAGUGUAUCACUAAUAUUGCUGCUUAAAAAAUUAUGAAUGGAGAAAACGCUACUGUUGAAUCUGUCUACCCAACUCCAAAUGUUUAAAAAGCU